AUGACAACUUUGGACAGAGAAGAACAUGCUGGAAUUGGAUCUGAGGAGAAAAACUCAUCAAAACGCACGGUUAUGGAAAAUUUGGAAAAAGAAUUUGCUGAAAUUGCAGUAGAGGAGGAAUUUCCUGAUGAAUUUCAGUGUUGCGUCUGCCUGGAUCUCUUGUACAAACCAGUUGUCUUAGGGUGUGGUCACCUUUCAUGCUUCUGGUGUGUUUUCAAAGCUAUGGAUAGUUGGCAGGAUUCUGUGACUCUGUCAUCCAAUUCUGGCGAGUUGCAUGAACGACUACGCCAUACUGCUUGCCAAAGUCUUCCGAAGAGGUUUGACUUUAAUGAGCUUGAGCAUAUAUUGAAGUAG